AUGGACAUUUCAGAACUUUGUCUUCCAGACCCUCUCAGCUAUCAUAACCAGGCUUUGUCCAAUUCAUUAGAGAGAUUCCUGCGUCCCCUGGCCACGCUGGAGCCCUCUCAUUUCUGGCUGCUGAAUAGAAUGGCUGCUGAUGACCGGCACCUGCCUUCCAGUUGUGGGUCCUACAUCAAAACAGAGCCGUCCAGUCCAUCCUCAGUCAUCGACACAGUCAGCCACCACAGCCCCAGUGGCAACUCUGACGCCAGCGGAGGCUAUGUGAGCACCAUGAACCACUCCAACGGCUUGGACUCUCCCCCCAUGUUCACCCCCGGCGGGCUCGGCCCGGGAUCCUGUCGCAAGCGCUAUGAUGACUGCUCCAGCACCAUCAUGGAGGACUCCUCUAUUAAAUGCGAAUACAUGUUGAACUCCCUUCCCAAGAGGCUGUGUUUGGUCUGUGGAGAUAUCGCCUCUGGGUAUCACUAUGGAGUGGCCUCAUGUGAGGCCUGCAAAGCCUUUUUUAAAAGAACAAUACAAGGGAACAUAGAAUACAGCUGUCCCGCCACAAACGAGUGUGAGAUCACAAAACGGAGACGCAAGUCGUGUCAGGCCUGCCGCUUCAUGAAGUGUUUAAAAGUGGGGAUGCUAAAGGAAGGUGUACGUCUGGACCGUGUGCGAGGGGGCAGACAGAAGUACAAACGGAGGCUGGACGCAGAGAACAACCCUUACCUGGGGCUGACCCUCCCCCCUCCCACCAAAAAGCCCCGUGAGUACUGCCCAUUGUCUCCCACCUCCGCCGUCCCUCUGCCAGGCCAGCAAGCAGUCACAAAAAUAGUAUCGCACUUACUGGUGGCCGAACCAGAGAAGAUCUACGCCAUGCCAGACCCCACCAUGCCAGAGAGCGACAUCAAGGCCCUGACCACUCUGUGCGACCUGGCAGAUCGCGAGCUUGUCGUCAUCAUCGGCUGGGCCAAACACAUCCCUGGCUUCUCCACCCUGUCCCUGGGCGACCAGAUGAGCCUCCUGCAGAGCGCCUGGAUGGAGAUCUUGAUCCUGAGCAUCGUGUUUCGCUCUCUGCCGUACCAGGACGAGCUGGUCUACGCCGAGGACUACAUCAUGGACGAGGAGCACUCGCGGCUGACCGGCCUCCUGGACCUGUACCUGUCCAUCCUGCAGCUGGUGCGCAAGUACAAGAAGCUCAAGGUGGAGAAGGAGGAGUUUGUCACGCUCAAAGCCAUCGCUCUGGCCAACUCAGAUUCUAUGCACAUAGAGGACAUGGAGGCGGUGCAGAAGCUGCAGGACGCUUUGCACGAGGCUCUCCAGGACUACGAGGGCAGCCAGCACCAGGAGGACCCUCGGAGGGCAGGGAAACUGCUCAUGACGCUGCCCCUGCUGAGGCAGACCGCCACCAAGGCAGUGCAGCACUUCUACAGCAUCAAGGUGCAGGGCAAGGUGCCCAUGCACAAACUGUUUCUGGAGAUGCUGGAGGCCAAGCUCACAGACAUGCAGCUGUGUGCCACCCAAGCCACCAACCGACUCAUCCAAGCAUUCAAGCAUCCAGAGGCGCACCGCGAGCUGUUGCAAAUGGAUCGGUCACAGGAAACAGGCAGACAGACACGCUCGCUGAUGGAGGUGGGGGGCCGCGGGGGGGCGGGUGCGGCUCCAUUAUUUCAGGAAGCUGAUAUUCCAGGGACUUACAGUAUUCCCUCCUCUGUGUUGCUCUGCUCUUCCUCAUCUUCCUCCGAAAAACAAGCAACUCCUCCUCACCUCCUGCAGUGCUCCUGUCCGGCUGUGAUGGCCCACCAUGACACCGGCCUGACCCUGGACCAUCACACGGAGGCUUUUAGCUGA